GAGUGAGUGUGAGAGAGAGUGUGAGAGUGAGAGUGAGAGUGUUGGCAUUAGGAUAUCAAUCAAACCAGUCGUUGCUUCAGACGACUUGGGAUCUGUUAUUAGAAACACAUAUCUUUUUGGGGGAAGAAGAAGAAGGAGGAGGAGGAGGAGGAAAAAACAUGGAAGGAAUCUCGGGGAAGGAAUGGGCAUUUGGAAAAUCACUGAUGCACCGAAAUUCAGCGGUGAAUAUCCAGGUCCGCCAUUGGAUUUGUUAAGAAGGUUUCACCAAAGCGAUGGCUAAAGAGGGGCAAUGAAUGCGCAUAAACAGCACUCAGGAGACAACCCAAACCCCAAAGCCUUCACUGGGUUUGGAAGUCCAGAGGAAAGAAAGAAAGAGAGAGAGAGAUCUUUGCUGCUGGAGUGCUGUGUCGGGGUGUGUGGCUUUAUAUAUAUAUAUAUAUAUACACAUAUGCAGCCCAGACCCCGGGUGGGGGCAGUGAUCAGGCAACAAACUUACUGAUACCUACAAUUGAUUUACCAGAAGGAAAUCUGCAGUGAACAGUACAUCUCUCCAUGUCGAUGCACAAAAGAUGUUUGGAUGUUUUUUCUAAAAAAAGCACCAAGUGAAGAUGUUCCUUCAUUAAGUACAAACUCCAUGGAAAAUCUUUCUGAUACAAAAAGCCUUUGAGAUUUGCCUUUCCUUUUUGUCUGAACAACGCCCUAACAUUUCCUGGGAUUCCAUCUGGAUAGGACAUAGGAUUUCCCUUCCAGAACUACAAACAAACUCUAGACUAUGCCGCUUCAUCAAGCGAGGCCAAUGUGGCUUAACUGUAUAUUGAGCGUGGUGAUGGUGCACCCAGUGCGGAUGGGGUUUGAUAUUACCUUUAUUCUUUGGAUACUGGGAUUUACAUUGAAGGAUACUCUGGUGCUGUGUCAGAAACAAGACGACACCAACCCAGUGGUUAACACUAAUUACGGCAGAUUAAGGGGGAUUAAAAAGGAACUGAGCAAUGAGAUCUUGGGUCCAGUUAUCCAAUAUCUCGGGGUACCAUAUGCUGCUCCACCCACCGGCGAGCGACGAUUCCAACCCCCAGAACCCCCUUCGUCUUGGUCUGAAAUUCGAAAUGCCACCCAUUUUGCACCAGUUUGUCCCCAGAACAUCCAUGGUAUGUUGCCGGAAGUCAUGCUCCCAGUCUGGUUUUACGCCAACUUGGAAGUAAUUGCCUCUUACGUUCAAGAGCAGAAUGAAGAUUGCCUCUUUCUAAACAUAUAUGUGCCUACUGAAGAUGGUCCCCUUACAAAGAAACAGACUGAUGAUUUAGGUGAUAAUGAUGGUGCUGAAGAUGAAGACAUUCGGGAUAGUGGACCCAAACCCGUUAUGGUCUAUAUCCACGGUGGUUCGUACAUGGAAGGCACAGGAAAUAUAUUUGAUGGAAGUGUCCUGGCAAGUUAUGGCAAUGUCAUAGUCAUCACUGUUAACUACAGGCUUGGCGUCUUAGGAUGGAGUGAUGCGCUGGUCUGUCAGGGGAUCCGGCCAGUUCCACAGAUCAAUAGUUGCAGACUGCAACAAUUUUUCACCAUUUCUGAUUUUGUCAACAUUUUGGGUGUCAUUGAUUACCUGCUUGAGAAGGUCAAGGAUAUUUCAGAACUGGUUCAGAAAGAACUGGUGCUGAAGUAG